AUGAUUUGCAUAAAAAAGAACUUGUUUUUUGAUGACUCAUUUAAAGUUUAGCUUCUUUCAGAUAGUAUUAAAUUAUCAAAUGUAGUACUUUAUUUAUAAGUUUAGGAUAAGAAAAUGAUUAAAUACAUUAUUCCAUUAUUUUAAAAUUCUUGUAUAGAAUGGAAAUUAUCGAAAUGUUAAUCAAAAUUGGAAGGAUUUAGUAUUUUAUUGAAUGGGAAAUUGGAAUAUUUCGAGAUGGAAUAAAAUCAUUUGGAACUACUUAAAUAAUUUCUGGAUGGAAAAAUCUUUUAUAUGAGUAUUCAUAAAAUAUAUAAGACGGUAUUAUUUUGUGGGAGGGGAACAUAUGGACAUGUAAAUUAGUUUAAAAAUUAUAGGUGUUCAAAUAUUAGAAUUGUUUGACUGGUGAAUACGUUGCAUGUAAAUCACUGAAAAUAGGGUUUAAAAACACUUAAGAAGUAAUUAUUGACAAAAUUUAUUUAGAUAUUUCUGGAGGAAGUAAAAAUACUUUAGACAUUAAAACACCCAAAUAUAGUUAAGAUAAAAGAAUUUUAUAUGGAGACUAAACAUUUUUAUAUAAUAAUGGAAUAUUUGGAUGGAAAGUCUUUGGGAGAUUUAUUGAAUUAAAAAAUUCUUGAUGAUCAAGAAAUUAUUGUAAUUUUAAAAGUAAAAUAUGUAUGUAUUAUUUUUAGUAAAUAUUACGUUGUAUAAUUUAUAUUCACAAAGCAGGAUAUGUAUACAGAGACAUAAAAUAAGAGAAUAUUUUAUUUGGUGAAUUUGGAAAUUUAUAAACUUUAAGAUUGAUUGAUUUUGGUUUAGCAAUCCAUUAGAGUGAUUUAUAAAAAUAAAGAAAAUUAAUUUGUGGAACAGCAGGUUAUAUUGCUCCUGAAGUUUUUAAACUAGAAAGUUAAAUAGAUUAAAAGAUUGAUAUAUUUGGAGUUGGUGUUCUAUUAUGGGAGAUGUAAGAUUAAGAUAAAAUAAUAAAUAGGAUUAAUAAUAGUAGAUUUAUAGAAGGAUAAGAUUAGGAAGAGAAAUAUAGAUUGAAUAGAGAAUAUGUUUUUUAGAAUGAGUUUACAUAGAAUAUAAGAAAUCCAAUAUUUAGAUAUUUGGUUGAGAAAAUGAUAGUUGAUAAUCCUGAGUAGAGAAUCAGUGCAGCAGAUGCAUUAAGUUAUUUAGAUUGGGCUGGAAUAUAGAGUUGUGACUUUAUGAAAGACUAUGAAAAUAUCAGUACAGAAUGAGAUGGAUAGUAGAAAGAAGUGUUACAUAUUUGUUUGAUUAUAUAUUUAAUUAUUAUAUAUGUG